AUUCGCAGCACCUCGCAGACCGAUGACGUCGUCUCGUUCCGCGGGAUGACACGGAAUUUAAGUUUGCUGGAUGGUAUCUUUGACACUUUUGUUAACGCAGUGGCUUGAAGAUAUCCGGGGUUACUUUUAUAGCCUCUUUUUCGGCUCUGUAACUGAUGGUGAUCCUGACGAGUCUUUUGUGCGUUCUGUAGAUAAAGUGGACAAUCUGUCUGUUCACGGUCUGGAGUGUUCGCGUGGUCUUAAUGAAUUCCCACAAGCGCAACUGCUGAGUGUUGGCCAUAACAAGGAUUGCUGUGCUGCUUCGUCAGGCCUUCGCACACUAUCACAUCCGCUUUUUCCCAUCACACAGAGAUGCUUUUCUAACGACAUGCGUCCCUACUCUCCUCCGAACUGUGGACUUGAGUCCAUAGAACUGUCCACCUAUCCUCGUUCUACAAAGCACCAUUUUUGCCCCAUUCCAUUAGACGCUGAUAUAUUUUGCGAUUCUUGCAAUUGUCCGAUCUACACCUUGGGUACUGGACCAGUUUGUCAGAGGUGUGCCGAUUGUCACAUUACUUGUCAUGAAUGGUGCACGAAAAGUGUCCAAGUUCCUUGCAAUGGCUUGUUCAGCGUCAACGAUCCCCCCUCCCGUGGUCCGAGUAAGGCGAAUCGUUUCACCAAUGGAGAUAUCGGAUUCACCUCACCUACGGAAUCUUCUCCCGCAUUACCAACCCCACUGUCCGACCUUCCCAUCUCUUCCAUGACAGCCGAUUUCCCUAUCCUUAUUGACCGGGGUCACGAUAAACAAUCGGCCAUUAGUAAACAUCCCACGGACACUGUUCUGCCAACUUCCGGAUCAGGCAACGUUACUCAACUUGAUUCAGAGCCCUCGCUUAAUGGCGAUACUGAUAUCUCACUUGGGGUUUUGGAUCAAAGUGAAUAUCCCGUUCACCAAGAGUCUCACACCAUCCUUACAAAUACUUUUGAGAAUGGGUUAGAACCUGUUGAAAGUCCUCCGCGCGAUACGGAAACAUUGGGGUCUGCUUCCCAUCCGACUUCCAUUGGACGAAGCAACACGGAAUUGGGUCGGGUCCGCAGGCCAUGCAAAACCAACUUGUCUGUCAGACAUUCAUUUUUGGCAGGGCACGGCUCAGGCGCCACUACUUAUUCGAGGCUUUCGUACGAUUUUUCCAGCCUUGAUCGCAAGACCAUCAAUGAUUACGGGAUUCGGGUGCGCGAACUCAAUCUAAAUUCUUCUGAUCGAUCACCUCCCUCUCCUCCUCAAAGAAUUUCCAGUUUGACCCCGAGUGCUUCACUACAGCAGUCGAGUACCCCAAGUCCGGACGCUUCUUCAGAAUUCGGACUUGCAACCGUGAUGCAGACGACGGCCAACUUCAUUAAGCGAAAGCCUCGACGCAAUGGAAAUGCUCCUUUCCAUCCGGCUCCCUCUCCUCCACUUGCAGUCGUAGUUGUUGGCCCUCGUGGUAAACUUCCUUACACAGCAGAACAGUUACUCGAGCGAUUAAGAGUAUUCAAUUCUAAUGAAUUUGGCCUCCAGUCUCGUCCGGUGCCUCAUUUGCCUCCCAAUGACUGUGAGGGCACAGUACGAAUCCACAUCAACCUUCUACGUCCAAUACACAUGCUCCUCACAGUUCGUCCAGUUUCUAUUUUCGAUCUGGUCGGCAAAGAGGACGACGCGGAUGGUAGUAGUUCCGAAGAUGCCUUGGAGGAGGAGUUCUCCUGGGACGUUCAUUCUUCGUCAGCCAACGAAAAGUGCUUAGAUCAAAACUCUGGCUUACUUGUUAAUGGUACCCACUUCUAUCCUCCAAAAUCGGCCGUCACUGCCAAUACACCAUCAUUUUCGGCGGAUUAUUGUGUGCCUUUCAACGGAGUCAAACGCCGCUUGUCCAAACGGCUCUUCGGCACCAAUCCGCAGUCAGCCACUUUCUGGUUACCGAGAGGAAGCACUAAACUUCUGUAUGUAAGAUUGUCCACCACUGCACAGAAAGUGAUCGCUGCUCUUCUUGAUCGAUUCCAACUUGAAGACAACCCGCAGAAAUUUGCGCUUUAUGAGCACACAAUUGAAGGGGAUCAACAAGUAUCUGUGCGGAAGCUGUACGACAACGAAUCUCCACUCGGUCUCUUUCUCCGCUGGACCGAAGAAGGAGAGAGCAAGUUCAAUCAGCUUCUCUGUGUGAAGCGUCUGGUUUUACAGGAGAACGAAACUGGUGACAUUGAGUGGAAUGGAUUUAGCCUCCCUGAACUCCACACUUUCUUGGGUAUUUUGAAUCAAGAAGAAGUAGAGUAUCGACGGAAAAUUGAGCUCAAAUACGAGUUACGACGUAAAGAGGUCCUCAGAUUGAUUGCGCUGCAUGAGCGUCAACGUCAACCCCAGACUUCUUCCGUGGUUGCCACAAGCGCUGAGAACUCAGACUGUGGCACUCUGCCGACGCUUUGUUGCCGCGGAGAGGAUUCUUUUAGUGAUGAAUCCAAAGUGAGCAUAUGUGCCCGUCCACAGCUCAGCACUGAUCCUUCACGUAACCCAAUGUCGGCAGCGAUCCCUCCAGUACUGAGAAAUCAUUCCGAGGAGAAUCCAGUCCGCCUUGGUGCGUUUAUCUGUGUUCCAAUAUUGUUUGUUCCUUAUCUCACCUUAUUCUUGAGUUCCUCUUUCUCUCUUUAUCGUGCACAACGAGUUGUAAAUUCACAUUGAAUCAACCGUCUCACACCUCUUUAUCUGCCUACCUAUGCAGACCAUUGUGAAUCCAACGAUGACUCGACGUUUGCUCCUAAUCACAACUCCUUUGGUUUGACAGUCACUUCCGCAAAAACCAGCCCAUCACACUCCCCUGAACGCACUGUGAACAAGGCAGCAAACACGUUACCGCGGCUGUUGGGCUCGGAUGAAAUGGGAAAAACUCUAUUCAGGCCUUCUGCGUAUAAACAAAUGAAAAAGGCGGACAAAGCCGAACAAAAACGCUUGGAGAAGGCGGAGAAAGAAAGACUUAAGGCGGAGAAAAAACGACUGAAGGCCGAGGCUAAGUUGGCGAGACAACAUCAGCCGGAUAUUCCGCCUACCCAUUCUCGUCGGCUGUUCAACCUGGUCGUUCUUCCACGCACUAGCUCUCCCUUCACCCCAACCGAUUCGCGUUCUACGCUGAAACGUUAAUAAUGCUGAUCAUCACCUGUGCCUUCCCUUCUAUUUUGUACACAUGUUACUUUAUUUAACCUGAGCCUUCCGUUCCGAUUGUCGCGCACCCAUCAGUCUUUCAUUCGUUCAACUAGAUCCCACCGGACACGACAUACGCAUGGAUUGGGAUUUUCAUUAACUUCCAACUUGUGCUGCUCCUGUAGCCUCAAAUUUCCUUCUCCCCUAGGCGCUUUUCACCAUCUUCAGACCUACUUACUGCAACGUCUUAGGCCGUUCUCAUCAUUUUGUAGCUGUCGAACCCACCCGGUUUUUUAAAAUGCAUGCAUUGUCCUCCACAUAUAUUUUAACGAAGAAUCUCUUUGAAUUCAG